AUGGAUUUACAGGCAUCUUAUCCUGAGGGACAUGUUUUCAAGGAAAAUAAACUAAAGUUUGCAAAAUAUUCUGGUUUCCCCAAGUACUCAGAACUUGUUGGUUUUCACAAACAAAUUGAUUAUCUGAGGGAUGAGAAUAGCAUAUGUUCAAAUAGAAAUACCCACCUUACACACAAAAAAAGAAAAGUAGAUGAUUCUAAUCUCCAAGAUCAUGAUGGUUCUUCCGCCCCAAGGAUUCAUUGCCUUCACGUACCACCAUCUCCAAACAGCCAUCUGCCUAAUCAUUUGGGGAAUCAUGUCGGCUCGUUUAUGCAGCAACAAAUUUGUACAUACAAUGCGGCAACUUUGGGGGUCACUUCAACAAGUGGUUCAGUUGCUAAUUUCUGUUCAGGCAGUACAAUGCAGGCUAAUGUAGCGGGCACGAAUGCACUGCAGAUAACGGCAUCAAAAGCUACCUCAAAAAUGACUACAACAGAGGGCGACUAUGCUAUUGUUGUUGGCGAGAUGCUAAGUUCUGGAAGUGAGGCCUAUGAAGUCUUGGCUUUCCUUGGUCGAGGAACAUUCGGACAGGUUGUGAAGUGCCGAUGUCAGUCAAGUAAUCGUUAUGUGGCUAUCAAAAUAUUGAAAAAUCUACCAUCUUAUCUCAGACAAGGUAAUGUAGAAAUCCAGAUCCUUCAAACUCUUGCACAACAGGACACAGAGUCACACAAUAUAGUCAGAGCCAUUGAAUGUUUCCAGCAUAAGAAUCAUAUGUGUUUUGUAUUUGAGUUGCUAGACCAAAAUUUGUAUGAAUACCUCAAAUCGAAUAAGUUUCGUCCAUUAACUUUGCCGGAAAUUCGACCUAUCUCACAACAGGUGCUUACAGCGUUAUCAAAGCUGAAAACUCUCGGCUUAAUUCAUGCCGACCUAAAGCCAGAGAACAUAAUGCUGGUGAACCCAGGCUCUGAAAAUAUGCGUUACCGCGUGAAGGUAAUUGAUUUCGGGUCUGCAUGUCAUAGCUCCAAAGCUGUUCAGAAUACGUAUCUGCAGUCACGUUACUACCGCGCUCCUGAGAUAUUACUCGGUCUUCCCUUUGAUGAAGCUAUCGAUAUGUGGUCAUUGGGCUGUGUUUUAGCAGAACUUUUUCUUGGUUGGCCAUUGUAUCCUGGUUCAUCUGAGUAUGAUCAGAUGCGAUACAUAGUUGAAACACAGGGUCUACCUCCCUCAGAUAUGUUAAAGAAUGCUGGGAAGUGUAGUACAUUUUUUGUACGAGACCAUUAUCGUUGUGAUUGGCGAUUAAAAACUCAGGAAGAAUAUACUGCAGAAACUGGUCAACAAGCUAAAGAGGCCAGAAAGUAUUUCUUUAGUUCAUUAAAUCAAAUACGUGAUGUCAAUGGCCCCACUGUACCUGAAGAAUCAGAUCUGGAUAGUGCAGAUCGUCAACAUUUCACUAAUUUUCUAACUCAAAUGUUAAAAAUGCGUCCAUCUGACAGAAUAACACCUGAUACAGCCCUUCAGCAUUCUUUUGUAACUAUGGAUCACCUUCAUUGUCAGCCUUUCUCUAAACGGACUCAAGAAUCUCUCUCAUUGAUGCAGGUUUGUUAUGGAAAUGCACGUAAACAAUAUUCAUCAAGUGAUAUUGCCUUGAACUCAAAAUAUAUGCCAUUGCCUCAGAAGGUUAUGACCACCAGCUUUCCAGAGACAUGUCAUUAUGCUAAUUCCACUGGUAUUACUGCUCAAACUGAUGUUUCUCCACAAUCUAACUAUCAAGCCAGUCAUCUGUCUAACUGUCGUGCUGAUGCCAGAGCUGCGUAUUAUGCUGCUGCUGCCGCAGCGGCUGCAUUUUCCUCAAAGCCAACUUCACAGCUUCUACCAAUAUCUGGUAGUACUUCUUCUAGCUUACCAUGCUUGCAUCAGUAUGCUUCAUUGAGCGCUGUAAAUGAAGCUCAGCAUUUGUCAGUCAGUGUAGCGGAACCAGGCAAUGUAUGCACAAUUAUUGAGUGCACCCCCGCAACUAUAAUAAUUUCCCAAAGCAAACCUGAGAUUUGUAUGCGAUCGUGUCAGGCUGCAGGAGGAGGUCAUCCAACUUAUGCACCUCCAUUACAACGUUCUCUUUCAUUUUAUGAUCUAGUAAGUGCUGGCGGUGCUGGUACCGCACUGUCUUUGCUAAGUGCUGUUACUGCUCCUGCAACAUCACCUUUCUUAAUAAACAAUUCUAUACAAACUUCCAAUAUUCAACCGUCAAAUGUUCUGUCUACAAACAGUCUUUCAAAUGAUGUACGCCAGAUGUUACAUCAUCCUGUUCAUUCUGUUUGUCUUCAGCGAGGAUUAAACAGACUAUCUUCUGUUGAAGGUGAUAACUCAUUUGUAUUAGAUAUUACUAAUCAUGAGAAAGGAAUUGCAGCGCAUACUAUUCCCCAUAAUUGUGUUGAUGUGACAUGCAAACCAAAAAGUAGACUAUGCGAUACACUAUGCGCUUUAGUGAAUCAUCAACAUUUGUAUAAAAAUCCAGCAACUGCAGCUGCAGCAUUGGCCGUAGCUCGUCAGCAUCAACAAAAUUUCAACAACAAUCGAAGGCAUUCUCUAAUUUCUGCCAAAAGUGCUCAAAGUAAUGAAUAUAAUUUUGUCCAGGCUAUGUCUAAAGGAUGCGGUGGUUGUCGUUCAGACUGUUCAACACACUUGACAUCAUCAGGUGUACUGCACAACUCAAAAGUCAAUGAAGUGACUCGUUCACGUGGUGCAAUGUAUGAAGUCCACGGGUCAGCAACUCAACAAUUCCUUUCAUGUCAAGAAUUUUCCCUUCAAAAUCAUGAACAGCAGCAGCAACAACAACAACAGCAAUCUCAUGGCGGAACCAAUCAUAGUGAUAUCCGUAAACCUUCUAUUACACAUAAUUAUUCUAAUAAUCAUUUUGUAAAUGAUAUUGAUUGUGUACCUAUGAAUCUGGUGACGAAUAAUUCAGAGCCAACAGUGAACAAUGCGAUUAAUUUGUCUAUGUUACCUCCAAAUUCAUUGUAUAAUCCUGGUCGUAUGAAACGUCCUUCAGCAGCCAUAGAAUCCAAUUCUGAGGCAAUCAAUCAGAUUGCACAUAGUUUACCUCAGGGUGGUGGUAACUCUUCGUUCAAUUGUUCAUCAGAAGUUAUACCAAAUAAUAGUCCAAUCAAAUCGGAGUUUGGAUCUACUGCUGGGGCGUAUAGAUCAAGUUUUGACGUGAUGUGUCAACCUCGUUCUGAUAAGAAAAUACCAGUUGGUCGAGUUCAGCCUAUGAUUAAACAAGAAGAUUCGCAUCCAAUGCAUAUUGCCAAUCGGUCGGCAUCAUCCCCCGUGAAUUACUUGUCAUCGAAUCGAGAGUCUGUUGUCUGGGGCGGAUCUAAUCCUGGUCUAUUUGUGUUUACAUCACCUUUUCAUCAACAACAAUCUCUCAAUAAUAAUAAUAAUGGUAAUAAUAGUAAUAAUUCAAAUGCUCAGAGGAAUUGUAAUCACUUGACAGGUGAUGGUGAUAUUUUUUCAAGUGAUACUCAAAAGCUAACAGAGCAUCCAUCUCCACGUAGACAUCCACGUAAACAUUAUCCUCAGGUUUCAUUGAAUAGAGAAGAUCAACAAGUUGUCCAACAGUCGAAUCAUCAGCUGUCAGCAGCUCAUGCAGCUGCCGCGGCUUAUCAUAAUCUUAUGUUUUUCCAACUGCAACAACAACAAUUACAACAGCAACAACAGCUACAACAACAACAACAGACUCAACAGCAGCAACAGCAUCUUCAACAUGGCAGUCUUAUUCCUAGAAUGUCGAAUAUCCAUCAAGGAGGUGUUGGUGUAGGUGGUGGCAUAUCGAAUAAUCCUUGUAAUAAUAUUACUAAUGAAACUGUUGCAUAUCAACACUACCAACAACCCAUAAUAUCAUCUCGAGGUUGGCCAACAGCAACAGCAGCAGCAGCAACAACAACAAAUCCUCGUAAUUUUGUUGAAAAUCCAACAGAAGCGAAUGCAGUCGCUGCUGCAUCAUAUUAUGCUGCGGCAGCGGCGGCUGCAGCUGUUGCACACCAUCAACAACAACAACAGCAGCAGCAGCACCACCACCAGCAACAACAACAAACAUGUAAACAAGAAUUAGAUUUUCUUUAUUAAUCUUCAAUCUAUACAACAUCAUUAUUGGUCCACUAGCACGCAAUGUUGGACGAUCUACUCACAAUGUACUACUAACUGUUUCUGAUAGGAACAAUCCAUUGAUUAAUUUACUACAGAAUAUCUGUGUGUAUGUAUGGAUCGUCGGUGGAAUAAUGUUUUCAGGAAUGUAUGUAGGCGGCGGCGGCGGGGUGUGUGUGUAUUUAUU